AUGCACGAAAUGUCGAUUGAGGGCGUUCAGUUGAGAUAUCGUUUAAUCGAAAUGGAGAAACUCAUCGAACAAUCGAUGCGUGUCAGAAACCAAUCGAUCACUCGGCAAGACCAUAAUCGCUAUGAGAUGAUUCCGUCUGCCUCUUCGCAUUCUUUGCCCGAUACAAAUAUGUCUCACUCAUCUGGAAUUGCGUCAAUCAAACGACCAAAAACGCCGCCAAAGAAAAUGCGAGUUCGAUUCAAUCACAGAAGGGAUUCCACUCACUUUCGUCGUCCC